UAUGUAUGUAUAUAUAUAUAUAUAUAUAUAUGUAUAUAUGUAUAUAUAUAUGUAUAUAUGUAUGUAUAUAUAUGUAUAUAUGUAUGUAUAUAUAGGUAUGUAUAUAUGUGUGUAUAUAUGUGUAUGUAUGCAUGCAUGUAUCAUAUGUAUAUUUCCUAGUUUAGAGUAUGACUUUUUCUCUUAAUAUUUUGACUUUAUUCUCUUAACAUUACUUUUUCCGUAACCUAAUUGUUACGAUGGUGUUUGUCGCUCUGCUGCCGCCUGCUGUGUAUUUGCUCUCUGUGCAGCUUCAGCCGGUGUGGGUGGAGUCCCCAGCACACACCUGCAGGCAAUCUCAUCAGGCACCCUUCAUAUCCCCAGCGGCAACUAGGAGCCAGUGCCAGAUUGUACUCCUUGCUACCUGUACCGCUUCGUCCGGCUCCUUACCUGUUCCCCGCUUUCUGGCUCACCCUUGUACCCUCUGCUCAGAACUAUUUCCUGCUACACUAGUUGUUGUUCCGGCUCAGGUUUGCCUGUAGCGUUUCUCAGUUGUAUGCUAGUUAUUUCCUGUCAGCCUUCUGCUGGCAGCGUUUUGUGUUUCUACUUUUGGUUUGUGACUUUUGCUUGUGUUGUACUUUACCCCGCUUGGGACACUUUGUGUUGUUAAAUACCUUUUGUAUCUUUUGCUUCCCUGCGUUGGGAUCCGCCCCUUUUACAAGUGGCUUCUCCCACUUGUGACACUAAUUUUCCAAAACGUACAGUUUUGUUCGCUGUUUUGUUUGAUUCUCAUAAUAUGACUUUUAAGAAGUAUUUUUUUCUUUAAUAUUUCAGCUUUAUGCUACCAAAAUGACAUUAUUUUUUUCUGAUGACAUUAUUCUCAUGAAAAUCAACUUAGAUUACAUUUUUUUCUUAAUAUUUAUUAUUGUUAUUGUAAACAUUACUGCCUAUUUUUUAUUAUUAUAUUAUUUAUUUUAAACUUUGUCUAUAUUUUUACGAUUAUAUAUCACAAACCUAUAAAGCACUGUGUUGUAUUAUUGCCUUGUUUUUUACAUCUCAUAUGAGAACUUAGCCCUUUAAGUGGGCCAGAAUCGAUGUGGAUGAUGAUUGGUGCUUUGUAUUUGCUCUUUUACAGGUGUGAACCUUGAAGAGGAGUGGAUCAGAACAUCACACUAAAUGAUCAAAAUCUGUUUAUUGUAUUGUAUAUCAUUUUGAACUAAUAAAAAAAAUCAUUCUGUGAGAGUGAAGGAACACAGUGAGUACAGUACAUGAUGUGAAGUCCUUUAAAAAAAAAAGUUAACAAAAAUCAAUCACACCCAUUACCACAAAAAAGGAAAAUAAUGGGAAAGAAUUCAGUCGCACCCUGUUUGCUAUAUAACGUAUAUAAUUGGAUCAGAGACAUCAUGGGGAGCUCUAACGUCUCGUUCCAAAUUCUCCUAAAUCUGCUAGAACCGCUUCCUGUAAAAUAGACAUAUCCGUCUAGAAAAGCAAUGAUUCCUAUGUUACAGAACGUUACAGAAAGUCAUAGUGAAAAUAUUUCCAAAAAAAUCAUUGUCUUUGUUCCUAAAAAAACAGCAUGGUUUCCUUACAGUGUCAAUGAAAAGUGAUCAUUAUUAAGCUUUUUUUUUCAUCCAGACCAUGCAUUGACCAUUGGAAUGGUACACACUCCUGAUCAAAAUGUUAAGACCAGUUAAGAAGUGGCAAGAAUGUACAUUUUGCACUGUUGGAUCUUAAGGAGGUUCUAAGUAGAGCCUGAAAAUGCAAAAAGAAAAAAUGUGAGGGAGACAAAAAUUUGAGUAAGCAAUUUAUUGCCAGCUGCUCAUCCGCUAAUCAAAAAUGUGGACUGAAUGUGAUUUUGUGUAGGUAUUCACACUGUCAUGAUCUCCUGAUGGCCAUCAUGAUCCUUCAAUGGAACAAUGGAGCUUCAGGUUAUGCAGGGGCGUCAAACGGCAGCCAGCUAUGUGGAGAUGUUGCAGGGGGCAUCCCUCAUGACUGAAGGCCCUCGUUUGUGUGGUAGUGACUGACUUUUUCAACAGGACAACGCUGCACUUCACAAAGCACUUCUUCCAGAGGACUAAGCUCACUCUUUUGUACCAUCCUGCGUGUUCCCCUCAUCUGAAUCCAAUGGAGAACAUUUGGGGAUGGAUGGCAAGGGAAGUUUAUAAAAAUGGACAUCAGUUCCAGACAGUGGAUGCCCUCCAUGAAGCCAUCUUCACCACCUGGAGCAACAUUCCCACUAGUGUCCUGGAAACACUGGCAUCAAGCAUGCCCAGACCCAUUUUUCAGCUCAUUAACAAGAAUGGCACAGCUACUCGUUACUCACUCCUUUUUUCAACAUUUUAUUUCUAUUUUAGAGGGGUUUGGGUUUUUUUUUAGCUGUGGUCUCAAACUUUUGAUUAGCUGCUGAACAGCCUCUGUUUUAUUAUUUUAUAUUUCUAUUUAAAAUGUUUGUAUAUUUCCCCCUUUAAUGCUUGUUUGCAAUAAGUUGCUUGCUCAAAAACUUUUUUUUUUUGCCUCACUACAAUUUCUCCUUUUUGCAUUUUGAAGCUGUACUUAAGAUCCAGUGCAACAGUGCAAAAUGUACAUUCUUGCAAUUUUUCAACUGGUCUUACAGUUUUGAUCAGGGGUUUAUAUGCUAUGGUAUGUUUGCAGCUGUUUGCGAGGGGGUCUAAAGAUGUUGGGGAGAAUGCAGCCAGCUAAGAUAACCUCUCUAGUGAGCACGCGUCCUCAAUUCAUCACCGCAGUAUUUCUGCAAACAAAUCACAGUCAAGCGCAACCACCACAUGCUUUGUUGUAUGCAUGUGUGUUGGUGCAUGUGUGCAGCAGAUGCUCUUCAUGCAGCCACAUAGCACACACGACUGCUCAAGGUUUUUUUUUUAAAUCUUUUGUUGAGAGAGAAUGACAUUUGAGAGAUGGUUGGAACAAGAAGGCUUUUUUGAACUUAAAAUGACAUUGCAUCACAUGAGAGCCCCACUUUUUGUAAGGGUUACUAUCCGGGACCACCAAUGAGUGACUGGCAAAAAACUGUGAGUAAUUGGUACGGCCAUAAUAAUGUUGAUUUUAACACACGGCUAGCUUCACGUUGACGUUCUUCUCCAAUUUGGGAUCAACGUUUGCAAUAAAAGCUCCACAAUACUCCCCCCUUCAAUUGUCAGCGUUCACUCGCCACACAAUCCAGGUUGAAUCCCUAAAUAUGCCUCACACACCGAUGAAUACAUUUAAAGUGUAACAUGUACAGCUACUCACCACUAAUGAAUGAACAUAAACAUGUAAAAAUCUCCAUUUUAGGCCUAAUACAUGUAUGCUGUACAUUUGACCUCUAUUAUCACGUGUUUACAAAUUGGUAUUGACUUAUGUGAUUUCUGCAGGAAAAAAAUUGCCUUUUUUUUGGAGAAAAAUAAGUAAUUUUGACCAAAAAUCUGGGAAUUUGCGGGGCCCUGAAUGCUGUAUUGUGACUUUGAUUCGAUACUACUGGUAAGUACAAUUGAGGCUCGUAACGGUGAUACCGCUCCAAUACUGUGUGCCUGGUAAAUUUGAAAAAGCUGUGUAUUUCAUAUCAUAGCAUAAGGAAUACGGGAUAUUUAAUUCAUUUCAUUAGCUCUCUGUACAUAUACACAAAGAAAUCAUGAAUUAAAAAGUAAGAUUGAGAUGUGCAAAAGGGAUAAUAAUAUGACAAUUGUGCAAUAUGUGCAAUUCAAGUAAGUGGACGUGUCAUUAAUAAACAAUAAACGGAGACAUUAUCUGCAUUUGUAACAAAAUAACAGUAAUUACAUUUGGGGGAAAAAAAACAGGAUUUGCAUUCAAGUGAUAUUAUUUGGCAUGUUUAAGUGUUGAUCAGAGUGACUGCCGGGGGGAAAAAAGUAUCUCUGUGCCUGCUUCUUUUGGCGUACAUUGCUCUGUAGUGCGUACCUGAGGGGAGAAGUUUGAACAGUUUGUGUGCGGGGUGUGAGGGGUCUGCAGUGAUGUUCCCUGCCCGCUUGCUGGCCCUGGACCGAUACAGGUCACAUAUGGAGGGAAGAUCGGCUCCAGUUAUUUUUUAUGCAGAUUUGAUGGUCCUUUGUAGUCUGUUCCUGUCCAAAACAUGCAGCAAAUUAAAUUCAGGUUUGUGUCAAAUAGUACAAAAUCCUUUCACAAAAAUAAGGGCAAAAAAGUUUAUUUUAUAAUAAUUGCCCAUUUGCCAGGGGGCCUUGGAAUUGUCUAAUGGCCAAUGUACAAUUAAUCCAUGUGAUCGGUAUCGGCCAAUCUCACUCAUGGAUGAUAGGUAUCACAAUCGCGCAUCGUUUCAACCGACAAACAUUACCUCAAAUGACUGAAUAGAGGAUAUCAAAAGUAUCGUAUGUAUUUUGAUUUGAGUAUCGAUUUUAGAGCAUGAAGACCUGGUAUCUGAAGUAUCAAUAUUUCAGUGUCAAUCCGCACAUCACUACUUGAAAUAAAUAAACUUCUCAGAGAUAUUCCAAGUUUAUGUGCUUAUAUGUCAUACCUGUCAACCCUUGCAUUUUUUCUGGGAAACUCCCAUGUUUUGCACUUCCUGCCGCCCUCCCGUUUACAUAGUUGGCUGUAAAUUUCCCGUAUCCUUUCCGGUACUGCAUGGUGACAACGGUGAUGGUAUCCACGCUCAAGCCGCAGCAAUUGCAAGGACAAUGGUGCAGCGCAUUGACAGGAAUUUCCCUCAUGUUGGUGGAGGAUGAAGUGGAUGACCUGGAUGAUGACAGGCCGCGGAGACGCGCAUGUCCGCCGGCCAUCAGCGCGCUUUUGUGGGCCAGCAUCCUUCCACGCUGCAGUGUUUGCAUGAUGAUGACGAUGAUGAUGUUCUUCCUUCUCCCCUGCAGCUCCACCUCGUGGGGGUGGGGGGUCGCCUCGGCCAGCCCACUAAACACCCCCCCCCCCCCUUCCCCUUCUUCUCUCUCCCGCCUCUUCCCUCCCUCCUCCGGCUCCUCCUUCUCACGCCCCGGCACCGAUUGUUGACAAAAGACGACGAGUCGAGGCGAGGCGAGGGGGCCCCCCGUUUUCUUUCACACCGGACCCCAGAACCUCUAAACGGAUCUAGCCGGUUCUCCUUGGCUGUGAGCGGGUGGAUGCGACCAAGCAGGGAGGUGGCGCAUGGAGGAGCUCCCUCUUCUUCUUCUCGUUGUUCGGCUGCUUGAAGGCGGCUGGGGCCCAUCAUGACAGUUUUCCGCCUCUCUUUGUGUCUUUGUGUGUGUGUGUGUGUGUGUGUGUGUGUGCGCGCGCGCGUGUGUGUGCGUAUGUGUACGCGCGCGCUUAUUCUCCCUCCCUCCCCCUAGCCCCUCCAGAAGGUGUGGCCGAGGUGAUCCGGUUGUCCGUGGUGGUCUGACCACAGAAGUGGAUGCCAGCCUUCCUCCACCCCCCAUCCCUCCUGGAAGACGAAUAAUUUAAUCAGUUAAAAAAAAUGGGUCACCUACUGUAAGAGGAAGCUUCAGACCACCCUCACAGGAGGCGGAGGAGGUCUCCUCACCCCGUAAUGGUGUGAGCUGACACGGCCAGGCAAGUCUGGAUCUAACCGGGGACCCGUCCUUCCCCCGGAGCCUCCGUGGCUCCAAGCCGCGUCCCGAGCCCUCCAAGAUGGGGAAGUGUGACGGAAGAUGCACCCUGCUGGUGAUAUGCUCCCUACAGCUGGUGGCUGCCCUGCAGAGGCAGGUGUUUGACUUCCUGGGGUACCAGUGGGCACCCAUCCUGGCCAACUUCCUGCACAUCAUGGCUGUCAUCCUGGGCAUGUUUGGCACGGUGCAGUUCCGCUUCAGAUACCUCAUCUUUUAUGCAGUGUGGCUGGUGCUGUGGGUGGGCUGGAACUCCUUCAUCAUCUGCUUUUACCUGGAGGUGGGCAACCUGUCUCAGGACAGGGAUUUUCUCAUGACGUUCAACACGUCCCUUCAUCGUUCAUGGUGGAUGGAGCACGGUCCCGGGUGCCUAGUGACGCCCGUGCUGGACUCGCACAUGGCGCCCGACGACCACCACGUCAUCACCGUCUCCGGGUGUCUGUUGGACUACCAGUACAUGGAGGUGCUGAGCUCCGCCGUACAGAUCCUGCUGGCCCUCUUUGGCUUCGUGUACGCCUGCUAUGUCAGCAAAGUCUUCCAGGACGACGAGGACAGCUUCGACUUCAUCGGCGGGUUUGACUCUUACGGGUACCAGCCUCCUCAGAAGUCCUCUCAUCUGCAGCUACAGCCUCUUUAUACGGCUGGUUAAUGGAUGCUUGCGCCCCCUUCAGGCCAAACCCUGACAGUGCCACUGUGGACGGAUGGAGAUGGUCACCGUGAUUGGACUCUGAGGAUGGACUUACUUACCUCCACCUUGGAGAAGAGACGUGUGUGUGCGUGUGUGUGUGACAGAGUAAGCCUGAGGAAGAUUAACAUCCCUGAAAGGAAUGUACUGAGCUCAGGGAUGAACCAGCGUGUCGGGUGGCAGGAUGGGACGGCAACAGAGGGAGGGGGCAGGAUGGAGAGGAAGGAACAGACACCUUUUGUCAAAUCACCACUUCUUUACUUAACUACCAGCUACACAAACGUGUGUGUCAUACAGUAUUUGUGCGUGACUGUCACGGGACUAACUGCCGGUGCACCACCUUGCACUCUUAUUAUUGUGGAGGGGGCGUGGGUGGGUCACACGAUUGAAAAAAAAAAAACACACAAAAAAAAACACGCAACGAAAGGCACGGCUCGUUGUCAUUUUAGAAAUGUGGUGAUGUCAAAACUAGAGCAGUCUUCAGAUCCCUGCUCCCAAAGCCAUCUCCCCAGUCCUGUCCCGACGGAGCCAGCGAUAGCUUCACUUUUAUUGGGAGAGAUCCUAGCUCGUUUUGGACUCCUGUUUCCUCCCAUUUCUUGUUGUCUAUUGUUGUCUAGGUGGAAACGUGUUCCCAUUAUUGAAUGACAAUGAAGCAACAUGGAAUCUAGGAAGGUAAACUUGAGUGUUUAAGGAUGCAGAUGGCUUUGGGAUCAAGCAUUAGUGUGUCUAUGGGGAGGGGGGUGGAUGGGUGGGGGGUAGGUCAUGGGGGAUACUGUGCAUGUAAAUAACCUGCCAAUGACUGAUUUUGUUGGUUUCAUUUAGGAACAAAGAGAAAGGGGGCUGCAUUAGGGGUCAGUUUUUGUUCUUUUCUUCAUACCUGUGUCUCUUGUUCGUCUUCUCUCACGCACCAAACAUCAUAUGUGAGACAGAAGGAGCAAAGGAGGGGGACAGGUAUGAGGUCAACACCUCCAUUUGGGGUGUAAGGUACAGUUUGAAAUAAUAAAAACACACUUUCUACAUGACAAGUGAGGCUUUUGAUAUUCUUCACCAUUUUGCGUAUUAGUAGUAUUAACAAUAUUAGUAACAUAUUAAUACAAUAGUAGUAUUAGUAACACAGUUAAAUAUACUUGAAUUACAAGCUUUCUUUUAUGAUAACUGUCGUUGUGUCCCUGGGCAAGACAUCACCCACCUUGCCUCCAGCACUGCCCACCCUGGUCUACGAAUGUGAAUGAAUGUUGGGUGGUAGUCGGAGAGGCCGUAGGCGCGAAUUGGCAGCCAAGUUUCUGUCAGACUACAUCAGGACAGCUGAGGCUACAGAUGUAGAUUACCACCACCAGUGUGUGACUGAGGAGUGAAUGAAUAAUGGAUUCACUUCAUCGUGAAGCACUUUGGGUGCCUUUAAAAAGCGCUAUAUAAAAUCUAAUCCAUUAUUAUUAUUAUUAUUUUAACAUUAACAUUUCAGGGUUAUUUUUAUAACCAUUUAUAUUUUAUCUUUUUUUUAAUUGUGUAAUUUACUUUUGAGAAUAAGCCCAAUAAAAGCAAGCUUGAGGCCGCAAACACCCCCCAGGCAGGCUUUUGGACAUCACUCCAUGAGAUUAAAAGACACAAGACAUGCCAGUUAGUGUGGAUGAGUUUAUUGUACAAAACAUUUACACCCUAGUCAUCUAUAUUCUAUAAAAUACAUACAGGAACAAUUCCUACCUGGAGUAGUGAGGCGGAAUAAGCAUAAAGUAUCAAUAAAAUGACAAUUUAUAGCUUUAAUAAUUUUGCUCAGAUUAAUAACCACAUAUAUAGUAAAUGAGUAACUGUCAAAAAGCUAUACUUUUUAUAAACUUUUGUUGUGUAUGUGUGGUAAGUAGUCUCGUACUCUGUUGCCAUGGCGACAGUCUGUCUGCAUUACGUCAUCCCCACACGCUUGGCUACAGCGCUUCCUCGUCCGGUCUGGACCCCCCAAGGAAACCGGCCCA